AUGGUGGUGACAGCAUCGAUAGCAUUGUUCCACUGUCAGUCUUCCACUUCAAGGGUUCCCGAGAAUGUUGUCACAGACAUUCUGGCUCAAGGCUGUUGUGCAGUCAGGGAUUUCCGGGUCGAACGGAUGCGAGGCGAGCGAUGGCAAGUAUUGGGGGGAGCUGACACGGGGGGUGUUCUCGUGCGAAGUGGGCGCAGCCUCGCCUCGGAACAACUCGCAGAUCGCUUGUCCUGUGGCGCACUCAUACUGGAGCUGGAGCUUGUUGGAGAUCGGCUGUGCUACGAGAAGCUGACAGGCCACGGCCCCAAGAAGGGCUGGAUCAGCACGAAGCUGAAAGACAAGAAGCUGGCAGUUCUUGCUAAAGAUGUGAAGACAUCACAGCUGGCAGAAGUCGAAGGCGAGGUGCGGAUAUGGGCGCUGUCAGACAUACACACGGACAAGGCGGAAAACAUGAAAUGGAUAGAGGGAUUGUCGCCAGCCGAGUUUCGCAGUGAUGUCUUGAUUUUGGCGGGCGACGUUGCGAACACCUUCGAAGCAUUGAAGCAUUCUGUGCUUCUUCUGCGGGAGAGGUUUGGGCGCGUUUUCUUCUGUCCCGGCAAUCAUGACCUUUGGAUGCAGGGCUGGAAGAAUGGCGAUUCCAUGGACAAGCUAAACGCGAUUAUAGAUGUCUGCAAAUUGCACGAUGUGGAAACCUCGCCGGGGAUUGUGGAUACAGGACGAAAACUAAAACGGGUCCUCGUGGUGCCUUUGCUAUCUUGGCACCACCCUCAGUGGGAUACCGAGCCCGAGCUGCUGGAGUGGUCCAACGUGCCAACAGCUGGAAAGACAGUUGCAGACUACUGGGCUACGAAAUGGCCACGGCCUUUGCAAAUGGAGGACGGCUCCGUUGCUCGGGCAAUGGACGAGUGGAACGACAAAGCCGCAGGUUAUGCGGAAGCACUGGCCCGGAAAGAAGAGUUUGACGCCGUCAUCUCAUUUUCACAUUUCGUGCCGCGAUUGGAGCUUGUCCCAGAGAAGAGAUACUUGAUACCCGCCUGCCUCUCCAAAGCUGUGGGCUCUUCGUACCUUCAAGAUCGUGUGGCAAGACUGAAGCCUCAUGUUCAUGUUUUCGGACAUACCCACUUCGGCUAUGACAUGGAAAUCGACGGGACCCGCUUCCUGCAAGCGGCUUUGGCCACUCCACAAGAACGGGCCUUCGGCGGCUCCAUCGUUUCCCUGGGGACUUUCCCAGUCAUCGAGGCCUCGAAGCCAUGUAAGGUCUGGGAUUCAGAUCUCGGCUGGCCUUCGAUCUAUCGGAGCUCAUGGUGUGAAUAUUAUCGCAGGUAUGGGCGUCAAGCUCAUGUUACCUCUAUUGUCCCGUCGGUGUGCUGCAACUUCUACAGCCCGACAGCCGCCAGCAAGUCAGGAUGGAUUGCCGGGCGCAUGCCAAUAUGGCUAUUCGGGCCCUUGCAGCAUAGGCUCUACGAGGCUCAAAUGGUUCUCCAAGAAGUUCGCGACACCACGGGUAAGGAUGCACGUGACGCACGCGGUUCCAUCGCUUCGACGUCGCCACUGAGUGCUAGGGGCGAGCCGAGCUUCGUGUCUGCAGGCGACGCGAUUCGUGCCCCGACUUGA